AUGGCCGCGCCGCCGCAGCUGCGAGGUCUGCUCCUGGCGGUGAACGCGCUGUUGCGCAAGCGUCGCUACCACACCGCGCUGGCCGUGCUCAAAGGCUUCCGGAACGGGGCAGUCUAUGGAGCCAAAAUCCGGGCCCCUCACGCACUGGUCAUGACCUUUCUCUUCCGGAGUGGCAGCUUCCAGGAGAAGCUUCGAGCCAUCCUUCGGGCCACGUACACCCACUCUUCGAACCUGGCCUGCUUCGUGUUCACCUAUAAGGCCCUCUGUGCCCUGCAGGCGUACCUGCAGGGGGAGACCCACCAGGUACACUCGUUCCUGGCUGGCUCCAUCGGGGGCUUCCUGGUGUUUAAAGAGAACAAUAACAUCAACAGCCAGAUCAACAUGUACCUGCUGUCACGCGUCCUAUUUGCCCUGUGCCGCCUGGGCGUAGAGAAGGGCUACAUUCCCGAGCCCAAGUGGGACCCAUUCCCGUUGUUCACCGCGCUGGUGUGGGGGCUGGUGCUGUGGCUCUUUGAACACCACCGGCCCACGCUGCAGCCCUCGCUGCAGUCCUCUAUGACCUACCUGUACGAGGACAGCAAUGUGUGGCACGACAUCUCGGACUUCCUCAUCUACAACAAGAGCCGUCCCUCCAACUAA